GUGUGUAGUAGUGUGAGCUGUCAUGCUUAUAGUUUCCUAUGAAUAACCAGCUGUCCACAAUAUGAAAUAUAUUUUAUGCUGCAUAGAUUGCAUACAUUGUGCAUAACCUUCAUCACAUAUAAUAAGACAAUUUCUUAUUUAAAUUAAGUUGUUGAAAUUUCUGGAUGACCACAACCUUCUGUUCAUAACCUUUUGUCUGGAGCAGGCGUAAUAAAAUGUUAAGGAAGAAAUUAAACACAGGAUUAUGUUUUGUCAAGUUUUCUUGUAUUUUUAAGGAAGAUGUUUAUAGUGGAAUUUGAUUUCUGAUGUAGCUGUGCAUAGUGUUGUUUGAUUUCUUCAUUACAAACGUGUGGUAUUUUACACAUAGGUAAGUUAAUGUGUAAAAAAAUAUUUUAAAUUUCUAUUAAAUAAUUAGAGGGAAAGAGAGAGAGAGCGAGAGAGUAAGAAAGAGAGAGAGAGAGAGAAAGAUAGAGAAGAGAAGAGAGAGAGAGAGAGAGAGAGAGAGAGAGAGAGAGAGAGCGAGAGAAAGAGUUAUAGAGCUUUCAUCGUCUAUGGCCUUCCUUCUUUUAACAAAUGAGAGAUUCUCUUCAAGAUUUAGAAUGAUUUUUUUUCAAUUAUUUAUUUUCUCGUUAUUUAAAUAUAUUUUCAGUAACAUUUUUCUGCUUAUUGGAAAUUGUAGAAACAUAAUUUUGUGAGAACAACUAAACUGUAUUCUUCAUUCUAACAUUAUGAAAGAAAUAUUUAAGGAUUUUCAUGUUAGUGUGCCUUAACGUCAUUAAAAGGCUUGUGUAUUACAUUUAUUAUUUACAUUUAAUAUGUUUAUGGCUAUGUCAUGAAUUACUUCUAAUAUUUUACAUGUAAUAUGUUUAUGGCUAUGGCCUAAAAUAUAAUUUAUAAUAUUAUGCUACAUGCAAUGUUUUAAAAAAAUUUUUUGAAGGAGCUGUUCCGACAGAGAAUCAAUUAAAUGAGCGAAUAAGGCAUGCAAAUCAAAACAGUCAAGAUUAACCACUGGAUAACGCGUUCACUGGUUUUGAUGACGCUGCUAACUGAUAUGACAAACGGUGUGUAUUGUUAGAGAACUCUAUCUAAGCUGCAUUCACAAAACUGAAUUCUAUCUUGUAUGCUCCCAUCGCCAGAAUUAAUUUUGAUGAAAUAUUCUAGUUAUAGACAUCAGUGACAUGCCAUUAUAAAAAUGUUUUCAAAUUUUUUUAACUGAAACACAUACAGAAAAGUGUCAAUGUUGAAAACGUAUGUGAAAAUGAUUGUGUUUGAAUACUGAAAAAAAAAAAUCAAAUCAUUGAAAUCUCUUUGGUCAAAGAAGUUAGUGCAUGGAAUACACGAUAAAUUUGCCUUAUACACUCAUGUUUCUUUAUUUUGCAUUGCAUUAACAACGGUGAUUGUCAACAGUCCAUCGGGAUUACCUGAUUGAUGUUAACAAAACACAUCGGUUCGUUUCUGAAAAUUUUUGUGACAUAAGUUUAGAAAACAUUUGGAGUUAGUUUUGGCUUUUCAGGCGUGUAACUGUGAACAUAUGAGUUAGCUGAUCGCCUUUGUCCAGUCUUGGUAAAUGCAUGUAUAAAAGUUAUUUAAAUUUCACCUGGAGUGUUACAGGGUGUCACAAUCGUUUACCGGUGUUUGUGUACACCAACGUUCAGAGACGGGCGCCUAGUGUACGAAAAUAAAUUCCGAUAAUCAAAUUUCUUUAAAUCAACGCUUAACUUGCUUUAUAUCUUAACAACAAAUGUGAAAUACUUUUAUAUGAAUAAAUUAACAUUAUAUUUACGCAUCUUUAUGAAAACAUAAAAUGCACUCGAAUAUAAUCAUAAAUUAUAACUGAUUAGUACAUUGUUAUAUUUUUACAUCUAAACAUUUAAAAAUAAAACAUUGGAACCGCUUCAGUUUCAGGAGAACUGUGUAAACCAUUCAGCAAUCCCGUUUUUUCCAGCAUCAUAAAAAAUAAUGUAAAUUAUUCAGUGCGCCUGGACAAAGUCCCAAACAAAUCCUAUGACAAUGUAGUUGUUCAAUACCAAGGGAAUCCGCUGUCUAAUGGUAAUUGUACGUACAAAUACUGUGUUAUCUGGACCAUUGAGGACGCCAAAGAUGCACUGGUUUACCUGAACUUGAACAUUUCCAAUUUUAAGAAACCAGACUCAGUCCAGCUUGAUAUCAAUGUUCAUUUGAACUGCAGUGCAGGAAAUAACAUUAUAAACGUCUGCAUAGAUAUGAGGGACGAGGUCAAGGCCCGUAAGUACAUAACAUUUAAGCAAAGAACAAGCUGUCAAUUUUUUUAAAUUAUACGACAGUCUAAAUAUAUAUAUAUAAUAUAUAUACAUAUUGAGUUAAAGAAGACACACAGUGGAAAGGACAUAAUGUUUGACUGAUGAUUGGAUUUUCAAAAUUUCACUAGAAACUUUUUUUUUUUUUUUAAAUUUUUUUACAUCAUGGGUGUCCAACCCAUGACCCGUUAAAUAUUGUAGCCCGCCAGCUGUAACAAAAAUAAACUAUUUUUUUAUGAUAUAUUAAAUAAGCGAUGAUUAUCUUUUUUUUUUAAAAACUCUCAUUUUAAAAAAAUAUAUAUAUAUAAUACUUUUUUGUGAUUGCUCAACUUCGAUGUACUGAUUUUAAAGUUUUAUUUGAAAAGCUCAAAUAAAAAAUAAGCUGUUUGAAACAAAAUUACUAUUUAGUCACCAUUUAAAUUAAAUGAUUUAUAGGAACACAACCAAGCAAUGUAAACCUAAAUUACGUCCAGCAUGUCGCCUCUGGUAAAGUGUAGAAUGCUGCAAAACUAAGCUACCUCGAACAUUUCAUCUCUGGUUAAGUGUAGAAAGGUGGAAAACUAAAUUAUGUAUAUGCUGAAAUGCAUGUUUAAAUUAUAAAAACAUCCCUUUUAAGGCAACACCCUUCCCAGACCCCUCCCCACUGGGUUCGCUCAAAAGAAUUCAGUGGGAUACCUCAUUUAUCACAUUCGUUUAUCCAAUCUUCAUUUAUAAACACUAUGCCCUAUAUAUAUGUUCAUAAAAUUGCAGUCUAUUCAAAUAUAUGUAUUAUAUUUCUUAUUGUCUGUGAGGCGCAAGAAGAUGUGUUAUCAUCUAAUAAGUAAAUACAUUAAGAAUAAUUAAAUUAUAGUGUACAUAAUUUUUUUUUCUUACUUAGUUUAAUGACAUGCGGCUAGGGGCUCCAUUUCAGGGGUUUUUCGGGGGGGGGGAGCAAAUCCAAAACUUGGGGGGUUUGUUAAGUUGUUUAAAAUGGAGGCACCACGGUAUGCUAUUUAAAUAAAACCAGGAAAUUCAAAACAAAAAAAAGGGUGGGGGGUGGGGAUGGCAAAUGAACUACCUUUCCCAACCCAAAUGGCAACCCUUUAUGGCGCCCUCGACGAGUUGAUUCACAAACAACGUGACAGUGCAGCCAUUGGGAUUGGCCACCUCUGCUCUCAAGUCAUUAAAUUAAACAUGUAAAAGUACAAAUACAAUUUUAUGAUUAUUUUUAUAGGUGGUUAAAUUUAUUGCUAAUUCCUUUUCUAUUAUUAGAAAGGUUUAUAUGAAUUACACUAUACAAUAUCCUUAGUGAUGCUAAGGGUUAACAGUGUGUGUGAUUUUUUUUCAGCGUGGACUGGGAAGACAUUAAAACAAAUUCACAUAGGUACUUCGAUCAUUUGCCUCCUUAUCACCAUUCUAACUAUCGUGGUAAUAGGCUUGCACAUUUACAAUGCCAGAGGUGAGAAAAGAUAGCACAUCUAAUUCUUAAUAUUGUAGCAAAAAUAAAAAUUAAAUAUAUCGAAGGCUUUAAGUCUUUUAAAAAGAAUUUAUACUUAAAUAUCGUUUCAUUUUGUCAGAAUAUUUAAAGCAUUCAUUGUGUGUUAGUUUAUUGAUUACUUUUUUAAAAUAAUUCCUGCGGUUAUUGUCCUGUUCACUUGUAUGAAGACUGCGUCAUGGUGAUGGUACAUUUGGCUAUUUGCAUAUUUACGUCACGGGAUGGUACAUUUGGCUAUUUGCACAAUUGCGUCACUGCGAUGGUUUAUUAUGCUAUUUGCACAUUAACGUCAUGGGGGUGGUACAUUUGGCUAUUUGCACAUUUAAGUCACGGGGUGGUACAUCUGGCUAUUUGCACAUUUACGUAAUGGGGAUGGUACGUUUUGCUAUUUUCACAAUUGCGUCACGGCGAUGGUUUAUUAUGCUAUUUGCACAUUUACGUCACGAGGGUGGUACAUCUGGCUAUUUGCACAUUUAAGUUAUGGGGAUGGUACAUUUUGCUAUUUGCACAAUUGCGUCACAGGGAUGGUACAUUUUUCAAUUUGCACAUUUACGUCACGGGGAUGGUACAUUUCGCUAUUUGCACAUUUACGUAAUGGUGAUGGUGCAUUUGGCUAUUUGCCCAAUUACGUCACGGGGAAGGUACAUUUGGCUAUUUGCACAAUUGCGUCAUGGGGAUGGUAUAUUUGGCUAUUUGGACAUUUACGUCCCGGGGAAGGUAUAUUUGGCAAUUUGCAAAAUUACGUAUGAUUACAGCAGAAGAUGUCUAUUAAUCAUUACAGCUCAGGCGAAACGUGCUUUGGUUUUGAAGAAUAAUGUAACAGUUCCCUGUAAAUUCUUUAAAUUUGAUAUAAAAUGUGAUAUGAUCAUAGUUUUCAUUUGUUAUUCUCUUAUUUUUUAAAACAUAAUUACUUGUGUGUGUGUUAUGUUUGUAGUUUUGCAUACUUUAUCAGUACAUGUGUUGUCUGUUCUUAGCUUCGUUCAUUCAAUAUAUUUUAACAUUAUUAUAUUGUUAUAUUUUAACAUUUUCCUUAGGAGAACCAGAACAAAAUUUUGAAUCAGAAUGUUCAGAAGAUGAAGUGCUCUGCCCUCAAAUUUUUGAAAUCGGGUAGGAAAAUAUAGUUUUAAUUAUGUUCAUAAAGACAAACCACAGUAUCUAACAACAUUAAUUUAAUGGGGGGGGGGGAAGGGGGGGGAACGUAAAACAUUAUUUGAGUCGGCACUUUAAAAUGAUCUGAAUUUUGUGUUUGUGUCGCGAUGAGAAAUACAGCAUGUAAGUUGGUACACGCCCCUUUGGUACAUACAACAUUGAAAUAAAGGUCUGGGACAUCUGGGACAUCCAACAUAAAACUAAGUGUCUGUCAGGUGUGAGACACCCAUCUGGGACAUCCAACAUCAAACUAAGGGUCUGUCAGGUGUGAAACACACAUCUGGGACAUCCAACAUAAAACUAAGGGUCUGUCAGGUGUGAGACACCCAUCUGGGACAUGCAACAUCAAACUAAGGGUAUGUCAGGUGUGAGACACCCAUCUGGGACAUGCAACAUCAAACUAAGUGUCUGUCAGGUGUGAGACACCCAUCUGGGACAUCCAACAUCAAACUAAGGGUCUGUCAGGUGUGAGACACCCAUCUGGGACAUGCAACAUCAAACUAAGGGUAUGUCAGGUGUGAGACCCCCAUCUGGGACAUGCACCAUAAAACUAAGGGUCUGUCAGGUGUGAGACACCCAUCUGCCACAUACAAGAUGUAAAUAAGGGUAUGUCAGGUGUGAGACACCCAUCUGCGACAUACAAGAUAUAAAUAAGGGUCUGUCAGGUGUGAGACACCCAUCUGCCACAUACAAGAUGUAAAUAAGGGUCUGACAGGUGUGAGACACCCAUCUGCCACAUACAAGAUGUAAAUAAGGGUCUGUCAGGUUUGAGACAUCCAUCUGUCACAUACAAGAUGUAAAUAAGGGUCUGUCAGGUGUGAGACACCCAUCUGCCACAUACAAGAUGUAAAUAAGGGUCUGUCAGGUUUGAGACACCCAUCUGCGACAUACAAGAUGUAAAUAAGGGUCUGUCAGGUGUGAGACACCCAUCUUCCACCAACUGAGUGCACUAGUGUAAAUUCGUGAAACCUUCAACAAAAGCAUUUGUGAUGACAUUAUAGGGUUUAAAGGUUGCCGAGCGUAGUGGCUAGAAGGUUUCCCUCUUGGAGAUUUUUUGUCGAGUUCACCAUCAAAUGGAUCUCACAAAAUAAUUACAUUUAAAAUCCAGGAUUUCAGUGAUAUUUCAACUGAACUAAAGAAAAAAAAUUAACAAAACAACUUAACUUUGAUUAAUUAACUUGUAACGGAAAUCUGUGGCGUAGCAAAUGGGGUGCGGGGUGGGGGGUACGGACCCCAUGGGGUGACUUCAUCUCUGGGGGUAAAAUCAAGCUGAAAAGUACAUAUUUUACAGAGCACACACUUCUGUGUCCUACCGAAUUUCAUAAAAUAAAAGGAUUCAACGCCAAAUGAGUUGCUGGGUAACUAUCGUUAGUGACAGGAAUCUAUUUUUAUCUCAAUUCUGAGAAGUAAAACUUUCCAUUGAUACCAAAUAUGAUUUGGUCGGGCGAUUCUAACUUCAUGAAUCGAAUCGGUAAAAUUUAAAAGCACCAUGAGUUUACCGCACCGGUUGACAUGAAUCCUAGCUACGCCACUGACGGGAUCAUCAUAUUUCUGAGUUUUAAAAUGCACUAUUUUUUCUCUUAUAUAAUGCUGAAUAUAUAAAUACUCCCCACUACCGACACCACACGAAAAAACUCUUUAAAAAUAAAACUUAAAAAUUGCACAUAUUCUCAUGUAUUCAGCUAUAUCAGACAAUAUUCAUAUUUAUUUAGGGUUAUCUGACAGUAUUCAUAUGUAUUUAGGUUUAUCCGGCAACAUUCAGAUGGUCCAAAAGAUGAUAUAACAGAAGAAGAAACAGAAGCAGAGAUUAAGUCAGAAUUGAAAAUUGAACCAUUGUAUGAAUUUAUAAUUUAUUUUCCCAUCCAAUUUCCUUUUGCUUUGCUUCUAGAAAGGGAAAUAGCCAAACAUUAAUUAUUUUAAGAUUUUUAUUUUUUUUACAUCUUGAUUAAAUAUAAAACAGUUUUAAUCAAAGAUUAUUAUAGACUUUCAGUGAAGUAUUUUUUUUUACCACCGCACUUGGAAUGUUGAGCUUAAAUUCCACUCUUGCAUUGAACGCUUUGCUUAAGUUUAGAUUGAUGUCUCGACAUGCGCCUAAUUUUACUGUGGUUUUUUUUUUUAAACGCCUAAUUGUGUGCCCUAGUUUCUUGUGCGUUCAAACAACAAAAAGGCAAAUUUACAUCACAUUCAAAAAUCAUGGCAAAGUUUUAAGUCUUACACGAUCUAAAUUUUAACUGGAAAUAUUUUUAAAAUGAAAUGUACCAAUCUACUAAAUUAUUAGCGAAUAAUGAAAGAAAACAACUAAACAAAUUAAGCUGUAUAAAAUAUUUUAAAUCUUAAGGUGACAGAAACAUUUUUUUUUAAUUAAUUAAAAUUAUUUAAAGUUAACAUAGAUAUUCAAAGGUGACUCUACAAUGCAAGUUUUCGAUUUCAAUAUCAUUUAGAAAAACUAUAAGUAUGGAUUACAUUUGUUAAAACUUUAAUACUAAUAAAAUUAAAUGCAAAUAAUGCUUCUUUUUUUUAAAUUAUUAUUUUCAAAUUAUCUAAAUUGAUAUUUAUUGCAUUAGCGGUACACUUUAAAAAAAAGUUUUAAACAUUUUAAACUAAUUCCAGCUUAUGUUUGCUAUAUCUUGUGAUGAUUUUACAAAGCAAAUCACUCGAUUCAAUUUUGCAUUAAUAGGUAUCACAUUUUAAACUUUCUUUUUUAAAUAUUUCUAUUUCUGUUAAAUUUGGGUUCAAAAUAAAUCUUAGUUAUAAAGAUAUUACAAAAUUUGAUUGAUGUAGCUUUAUUAUUUUUUCAUUCUUAUUUAUUAAUGACAUAAUUUUUAAAAAAAAUAAAGUUGAAACUAAUAAUUCGUAUGUUCAACCAUUACUAAUACGAGUUCUUUAUCAUAUACUUAAAAUAUAUAAAGCAGGUAGUUAUCAUUUUUAAACAACUCAAUUAAGAAUAACCCCACUCAUUUUACAUCUCAACUCAAAAAAUAAUACAUUUUUGAGCAAGAUAUUGGAAGGUCAUUGGAAGCAAAACUGAUAGAAAUACCAAAAAAUGUUAAUAGCGACCUUCAUCAAUCCACUACGAAUUUGUUCUUGCUUUUUAAGUGUAUAUGUUUUACUAUUAUUUACGUUGUUAUUAUAAUAUGUUAUUUUACCUUAUUUGAAGACAAUAAUUUCUAAAAACGUUUGGGUUUGUCGUAUUUCAUUUUCCCCCAACUACUUUGAACCUGCUUAUGUUAGCUGAAGAAGUUAUUCGGCAGUUUCUUCCUUUGCACUGUUUUGUCUGAGGUAGAAGGCUAGGCUUGUUCAAAAGCAUUCAGCAAAGUUUCCUAUUACUAACAAAUCAGACAAAGUCAGAUGCUUUCUUAUGAACGAAUUAGGUAAAUACUCUAAUUUUAAAACUUGACUUAAGUUACUGAAAUGAUAUUCCUAUGAAAGGCAUCUCAUCCAAUUUGCCUUCGGUAAGAAAUGAGUGAUCCAGAAAUGUCAAAAGUAGAAUUAAUAUUUUGUCUCUGCUCUUGGUCUACAAAAAUUUCCAAGUAGCAUUUUUGAAAUGUAUGACUGCCAGAGUCUCAGUUCAUAGACUGUGCCAGAGUCUCAGUUCAUAGGAGUGCCAGAGCCUCAGUUCAUAGACUGUGCCAGAGUCUCAGUUCAUAGACUGUGCCAGAGUCUCAGUUCAUAGAAGUGCCAGAGUCUCAGUUCAUAGACUGUGCCAGAGUCUCAGUUCAUAGACAGUGUACCAAAUGAUUAACUUCACGAGCAUUUUAUUUCCAUAAUAGCUUUAUCAAAAUGUUUGCAAUUAUUUUUUCUCAUUGUCCCACCUACUUAUUUUCUUCCAAUCCAGAAAAAUACAAAAGGAUUUUAGAACGUGUUUUCUACAAGAGAUACAUGGUAAAGUAUUUUAAAAGCCCUCUUUAAUUUCAGAUAAUUACUAAUUUACGGUUAUUAAAAAUGUUCUUUUGAAAUUUCACAUAAAAAUACGUGUGCAAAUAUAUAUAAGGUUAAAAUAAAUUAACAUACAUUUUCAAAUAAAGCAAGCUACCUAAAUUCUUACAAGUAUUUACACUUUUAUAACACGCUAUGCUAUAUCUAGAUAAAGAUGCAUAGAUUUCAAAUACAUACUAUAAAAAUUACUCUUUUAUAAAAACAUGUGUGUGUUUGUUUAUAAUAAAAUAUAUGUGAUUUAACUUUUGCUUUUUGAAUAUUGAAAUAAUAAUAGAAAAUUUUCCAAAAACUGUUUGACCUCUUACAAAAUAAAAGUUUUAUUUUGUUAGAGAACAAACAUUUUAUUUAAAAAAAAUAACUAAAAACAAUUUUAAAAUAAUGAAGGUCUUGGAAAGAAAUGAUUUCCUUUCUAAAUUAAUAUAUUUCUAAAUCCUUGCCAAUCAAUUGUGCGCUCGAUCUUCAGAAAACAUUGCGAAGUUCAGAGAAAAGACCAAAAUGCGUCAGCAACAGCCCGUAGCAGCUCGUCGAUCUCUUAUUGUCUCGAGUUCGGACGUCGACCAGGCAGCAGACAGUCUCAGCUUUCAGCCCGCGUCCAUCCAGGAGCUCCUGACGCUGCACGAGAAUUUCCCGACAGGGAAAGGCGAAAGGUUUCAAAGACAGCGGAGCGAAUCGUCACAGAUUCUGGGGAGCUCUUUCUUGCGAGAAGAGGACAACGAAUGGGUCGUAGUGGAGUACGAACUGCCAGUCUACAGCAACUGUGUGCACACAGUCACUAUGGAAACAAGACAGCUGAGCAUCAACGACUGCUGUAGGAGCAUCCAGAAAUCAGAAGUGGGCGAUGAGUUUCCCCCAGCGGCAUGUUCUUUGCGAGAGUCCAGCUCAAGCUCUAACGAUCCUACAGGUUACGUUAAGAUGACACGAUCACCACAGCUGGAUGAUAGUGGCUACACAAAGCCGUUUAGAUUGGAAGACAUUGAAAGAACAGAAAUACUUAAUAACUGAUCUUUAAAAAUGACAUUGUUGAACGUUUUAAUUAAAAUACUACUUCUGUUAAAAUAUCGCAUUAAAUGAAACAAUUAAGAAAACUUUAUAUUUGAAUAUAGCAAUAAAGUUUAAAAUUAAUAAUUAUUUCAUAAUGCAUAAAUUGAGUAAACAUGAGUAGCACUAUUGCUGAGUGCUCUGUAUCAAGUCUUGUGACCAACUAUUUAUGAUGUAUUUGAUAAAAGGUGAUUUAAAAUAUAUCAUAAUAAUAGUUUAGCAUGCAUUUACUGUUAUUUUAAACAAUAUUGUUUACUUUGAAUAUGUAAUUAAUUUAAACAUAUAAAUAUUUUUAGAAAUUUC